AUGGACUCGACUUAUCGAGGUCCACGGGUCGGUGUGCUUUGGCGUGCCAGGGGUUUUCUUCUUGGGCAACCCUGUUCCGGUGUGUUGAGGUGGCUCCGUAGCGGCGGUGUUCGCGGAAGUUGUGCACUCGAGGCUAUCGCUUUGGAGAGAUGCAUCCCACAAGAUCUAGAGAUGCAACCGGCAUCGCGGAGGAUGGCUUUCGUCUUUAUGCCAUUUGCAGCAAUCAGUCCAUGUAUUGGUCGAUUUUCACAGGAGCAGCAAGAGCUACGGGAACGCGAUAUUGAUCUCCCCAUCUGCAAACGAAGAGGACGGGAUAUGAUACUUUGCACUUGCAGUUGUCGUGCAAUCGCUGUGGUAUUUCUAAUACAGUCUUGGCGGAGCAUGGCUUUACGGAUGUAA